GUUGACAAAUUUCAGUCGUUUGAAAGCGUGUUUGGGGGUAUGACGUUGACGUUUAGAGCCGCAUUCAAAACUUGACAUUUGCUCAACGUAUUCGGUUGACCCCACACAGGUGUUGUGAUAAAAUCAACGUGUUGUCUUAGUAAACAAAGAACUUCGAAGCUUAUCCUCAUACUUAUGAAAUAAUGCUUAAUUGAAUCGACGUUGUGCGAAAAUAUCAGAAUGUCUACUACUCAACAGCCUGUAGGUGUUGGCGAUUUCGUCCUUUUGGACAAAAUCGACUUGGAGAAUUUUAUGAAUAACUUGGAACUCAGGUUCAAAAAUGGUAAAAUCUACACGUACAUAGGGGAGGUGUGUGUUUCAGUCAAUCCCUACAGAACUAUGAACAUUUACGACAAUGCUCACGUAAAUCAAUAUAAAGGAAGGGAAUUGUUCGAAAAUCCUCCACACAUAUUCGCGAUAGCUGAUGCUUCGCACAAAGUGAUGAAACAACAGGGUAGGGACACUUGCAUAGUCAUAAGCGGAGAAUCCGGAUCUGGAAAAACGGAAGCCUCGAAAAUUAUAAUGAAAUACAUCGCUGCUGUGACGAAUCAAGGUGGACUGAAGGAUAUCGAACGUGUGAAGAACAUCCUGAUCCAAUCGAACUCGAUAUUGGAGGCGUUCGGGAACGCCAAGACGAACAGGAACGAUAAUUCGUCCAGAUUCGGAAAGUACAUGGACAUCCAUUUCGAUUUCAAGGGGGACCCUAUUGGCGGUCACAUCAAUAAGUAUCUGUUGGAAAAAUGCCGCGUCAUUUAUCAGCAGAAUGGCGAGAGGAAUUUCCACUGCUUCUAUCAGCUUCUUUCCGGAUGCAGCGACGAAACCUUGAAGAAACUGAACCUAUCCAGAAACCCCACCGAUUACUUCUACGUCAAACAAGGUAACGCCACCAGGGUGAGCACCAUAAACGACAAGAGCGAUUUCAAAGACGUCACCCACUCCAUGAACACGCUGGAUUUCAACAAGCAAGAACAGGAUUCAAUAUGGCGGGUGGUGGCGGCCAUCUUGCACCUGGGCAACGUGGAGUUCACGAAAAGCGACGACAAGCUGUCGGUGAAGGACAACAGAUCGGUGGAGUACGUCGCCACGCUGCUGCAGGUGGAGAGAAGGGAGUUGGAGAGGGCGCUGUGCGAGAGGGUCAUAGCGGCCAGGGGUGACAUCAUGAGGAAGGAGCACACGGAGAGCGAGGCGAACUACGGCAGGGACGCGCUCGCCAAGGCCGUCUACGACAGGCUCUUCAGUUGGAUCGUGGAAAGGAUCAAUUCGGCCAUAUCCGUGGACGACAGUAACUACCAGUACAAGUACAAGAGCUCGCUGAUUGGGGUGUUGGACAUAUACGGUUUCGAAAUUUUCGAUAACAACAGUUUCGAGCAGUUUUGCAUCAAUUACUGUAACGAGAAGCUGCAGCAGCUGUUCAUUGAAUUGGUAUUGAAACAAGAGCAGGAAGAAUACAAUAGGGAAGGUAUAGAAUGGCAGAAUAUAGAUUAUUUCAACAACCAAAUCAUCUGCGACUUGGUGGAAGCCCAACAUACAGGUAUCUUAUCCAUCAUGGACGACGCCUGCAAAAUGACCGCUGAAAGGGUAACCGAUGAACUACUCCUGGAAAAUAUGGAUAAAAAACUGAAGGGGCACCAACAUUACUGCUCUAGACAGUUGAAACCCGCGUUUAAACAGCUGAGGCACAAGAUCGACUUCAGGAUCACCCAUUACGCCGGCGAGGUGACUUAUUGCAUCAACGGUUUCCUCGACAAGAACAAGGACACCCUAUUCCAGGACUUCAAGAGGUUGCUGUACAGUUCCAAGGAUCCGAACUUGAGGAGCAUGUGGCCGGAAGGAUCCCAGCACAUUUCGGAGACGACGAAAAGGCCGGCGACCGCGGGUACCUUAUUCAAGAAUUCUAUGCAAGAACUGGUCAAGAAUCUGUUGAGCAAGGAACCGCACUACGUUCGAUGCAUCAAACCCAACGAGAUGAAAUCGCCAUCGGCAUUCGACGAGGAAAGGGUGAAGCACCAGGUCAGCUACUUGGGUUUGGUGGAGAACGUUAGGGUUAGGAGGGCGGGUUUCGCCUAUAGGCAGCGAUACGACAGAUUCUUGAAGAGGUAUAAAAUGAUAUCCCAAUUCACCUGGCCUAACUUCCGCGCCGGCCUAGAGAAGGACGGAAUCAAGAUAAUAAUGGACGAGAGAGGUUUCAGCAAGGACGUGAAGUACGGAAAGACCAAGAUUUUCAUCAGAUCGCCCAGGACCAUCUUCGCUCUGGAGAGCGCUAGGAACGAACUCAUCCCGGGCAUCGCAACCCUCAUCCAGAAGACUUGGAGGGGUUACCGCGCCAGACAGCACUACAAGAAGAUGAGGGCCGCCUUGGUCAUGAUCAAGGCCUACCGACUGAAGAAGACGCGCUGCUACGUGAACGCGCUACAGAAGAAACUUGGCCACGUCAAAACGGCCAAGGACUACGGGAAGAGCAUAAUAUGGCCGGCGCCGCCGCUGACCAUGCGCGAAUCCACGAAGAUCCUUCGGGCGAUGUUCAACAGAUGGCGCGCGUACAUGGUACUGAAGAAGAUACCACAGGUGCAGUGGCCGGAGAUGAAGCUGAAGAUCAUGGCGGCCAGCGCCCUGUUGCACAAGAGGUCGAACUGGGGCGUCUCCAGGAAAUGGGAGGGUAACUACCUCAGCAAGCACGCGGAAAAUAUCAAUUACACGCCCUUCAACGACGCCGUCAACAAUCUGAAGAACAGCCAGCACUUCAGCUCGGUGCUGUUCUCGUCGUUCGUCACGAAAUUCAAUAAGUUCAACAAGGUGGCUGAAAGGGUGUUACUCAUAACCGACAUGUACAUUUUCAAGUUGGACAACUUGAAGUUUAGAAACAUGAAGGAGGGUGUGGCGAUAAAAGAACUAACGGGCAUAACCGUCAGUCCCGGCAACGAUCAGCUGAUUGUUCUUCAUUGUCCUGGCGGCAAUGAUCUCCUGGUUUCGCUGCAUUGCGAUUCCCAAGACGACAGGAUCGGCGAGCUUCUGGGUAUAAUCUUGAGCAGAUACGUACAAUUAACCAAUAACGAACUACCAGUUAACGUAAGCAAAACUAUAUCUUGCUCCUUGGGUGGCAAGAAAAAGGUGAUAAAUAUUCAAGGGAGUUCGGAAGUUACUGCACCCACCUUCAGGAAAGGGUCGAGCAACACCAUACUUUACAUGCUUCCAUCGAACUAUGCCAUAGUGGAAAAUGGUAACGGAAAUAAUUAUAUAAAAUGCUGAACGUAUUAGUGAGACGUUUCCGUUUCUAAAAAACUAAUGUAUUGAAACAAAUGUGAUUUUUAAGAUGAUAAAUUCAAAUAUUUUACAUAAUUAUCCCUGAGCUAUUAUUAGUUGAACUUUAUUUAUUGUUAAGUACAAAAAAUCGUUUCUUUAACUGUUAUUUUUCCUUCAGUUUUUUUAUAGGAAGAAAUGGGUUUGAAGCAGAAAAUUCAAGGCCAAAAUUGUUAUGAUUUCGAUUGUUCUCAUUUUUAAACACAUUGAAAUAUCGAAUGGAACCUUUGUUUUAGUUUUCGGAAAUAUAUUUCGAGGAUCAUAAAAUAGUUAGAUGAGAUUCGAUGAUGUUUUUUUCUAUCUGGUGCCUUUAUUGUUGGAUAUUUUAAAGUUUUGAGGUUAGGUGCAGUAUGUCGCAAGACAUUCUGACUGUUGUGUACUUACUAAAAAAAUUACAAAGCAACAAUAAUAAUAAUCGUAUUUUUAUAUAGUUCGAUCUAUGCUUGCUGUUCCGUGAUCAAUGCAACAAGAGUAUUUUCAAAUGGAUGAUAUACAUGGUUGUCACUUUUUGUAUAUUUUUGAUGUUAUUUUAGAGAAAUCGGAUUUAAUAAGUGCCAUUAUUGUAUACAUUAUUAUUGUGCCUUAUUAAAUAUGAAAUAUUAA